AUGCCACCGGCGGCAAUAGGGUCUCGCUGCGAACUGCUGUCCCUGGGUCCAAGUGGCAGUCUUCGCUCUAGUAUCAAACGGUACGGUGAGAUCGCGUACAUUGGGACGAUCGAGGGCCUCCCGGGCGACGGCUGGCUUGGAGUACGGCUAGACAAACCGUUGGGCAAAGGCGACGGGUCAUUCCAGGGCAGGCGCUACUUUGAUUGUAAGCCGCUGCACGGCGCAAUUGUUCGGCCCGAGAGGGUCAACACGAACGGUGUAUUCCCCAAACUCACGACACAUGAGGAGAGUCUGGCACAUGCGCUGGAGGAGCGACGCAAGGAGAAACAAGAGCUGAAUAGAGAGCUAACGACGGAUGAGCUGGCGACUGCGUUCUGGGAGAAGCUUACUCAACAAGAGGCUCACAUUCGCAAGCAGGUAGGGGUGUUCUGUGAGCAGAAGAAGCAACCGCUGCCGUGUGAUCCGGCCAAAGAGGUUAAGCUGGACGCGCUGGUGCUCGAGGUAAAUGCCAUGAGAGAUGCUGCUGCCACAGCAUCAUCGUUAUACUUGUCUCCGUAUGACACUCGUCACACGCAGCUGAUCCUGUCCAAGCUACUGGAGCUGAUUGACACAACACGGACGACAUUCGCUCCCAGGAAAAAGUUCACCUUUCGAGCACGUGCUGCGAAAAGAGCAAAAGCUAUAAAACUGGUGCAUGCCAACAAGCAGAACGAGGUGAUUGUCAUCGAUAGCAGCAGCUUCGCCCACACCGACGACAGCCGGCGUCGCGAUCUCAACUUCUCGCACUUAUCCGACUGCGCUGUGCUGGUUUGCGUGGAGACAUCGGCCAUCCGUGGCGAUGCACUGAAGAAUUGCGUGUUCUACACCGGAGCGAUCUUCGGCAGUUUGUGGCUUGAGAACUGCAACGGAUGUGAGUUCUUCGUCGCAUGUCGCCAGCUUCGCGUCCACUUGAGCACUGCCACGACCUUUUAUCUCCGCAUCCCGAGCCAUCCUAUCAUUGAGGAUUGCCAGCAGAUACAGUUCGGGCCGUACCGCUUACAGUUUGAAGGACUUAAGGCACAGCUAGAACGUCUGGGUGUAUCGAAGGACUCGGGUCUUUGGGCUAAGGUGAACGACUUUAAGUGGCACAAAGCGCAGCAGUCUCCCAACUGGAGCAUCCGCGACCCCAAACAGCCACUGCCGAAGAUCCCAGUGAAGUUGGAGAAGCUGAUCUCGUACGACUAG